AAAACAGCUUUUUUUACUUUUAUCCAACACAUCCCACAUUGACAACAAGCCACGCCCACUUUCUCGUGUGUUUGUUUUUGUCUAUAAUUAAAGUUGCAAAUCUACUGCUUUAGCGUUUCAAAUGUUUUAAAUUUUUCAAAAGAAACUUUGAAAGUAUAAAAGUUACGUUUUUUUAAAUAAAGAAAAGUCUACUUUAUGUGUGGGGGUUGGGGUGGAGGGUCUUUAAAAUGCAAUGUGAAAGGCGAGCUUUUACAUCAUUUUCACUUUAAUUUGAUUCUGUUUUCUGUUUUCUUUUGCGCGGCUCAAAAAUUUAACUUGAGGUCAGACAGAGACCUUUCUGUGCUCACACUGAAGAACUUCAAAGAUCAGCGAAAGAUUCAGCACCACGGACAGCUCCUUUCUCUCUCUCCGUCGCGCCAUCUCGCACGCGCACGCGCACUGUCUCUUCCGGGCGCUCGCUCGCAGCUGGCUGUGGUUCAGCUCCUCCCUCUAAGCCGUGGCUUUCCCCACCAAACAUCCUCGGACGUGCACAGUUUUGCCGAAGAGCGCGUUUCCUCCUCAGAUCCGCAUCGACCCGAGCGACGCGUGUUCAGGUGUCGGAUCAGGUCUCCGGCCGUCCCUCACCCACAUCUCUGCCAGCGAUGGAGGCUCGGGCUGGCGCGCGCCCAGACUGGCACUUAUCUCUGGGCAUCUGGGUGAUAAUCGCCGCGCUGCAGCACGCAGAGGCGGGGAUCACUUGUGCCCGUUGUCCGUGGCCGGUUCGGCUUCACCAGGAGGAAUUACAGCUGACAGAGGAGAGCCUGAGGAGUGUCCAAGUGGAGUUCAGAGCCGAGGAUGGCACUUUGGAUGAAGUUGCUCCACAGGAUGCUGCCCUCGGGUCCGGCAGGGAUCGGGGAUCGGGGGCGGCCAGUGCUCUCCUGAGAGCCAAGAGGAGCGGUCCGGAGUUGGCAGAGUUUGGUGGCGCGGAUGUGGGCGCGCCGGGGGAGCGGGGGCCCGCGCUGGACGGUCACAGAGCGGGCAGACCCGAGCUCUGCUGUAGCAGGGAGGACGGCGGAGCGAGUACCCCGCUGAGCAGCAGCACUUUCGCGCUGACGGGGGACUCUGCGCACAACCACGCCGUGGUGUACUGGUCAGGAAGGAACAGCAGCGUGAUCCUGAUCCUCACAAAACUCUACGACUUUCACAUGGGCAGCGCCACGGAGAGCACACUUUGGAGAUCCACUGACUACGGCACCACAUAUGAGAAGAUGAAUGACAAAUUUGGGCUCAAGACCGUCCUCAGCUACCUGUACGUCUGUCCAUCCAACAAGAGGAAGAUUAUGGUGUUGACCGAUCCGGAGUUUGAGAGCAGCGUCCUCAUCAGCACCGAUGAGGGAGCCAGCUUCCAGAAGUACCGCCUCUCUUUCUUCAUUCUAAGCCUUUUAUUCCACCACACAGAGGAAGACUGGGCUUUGGCUUACAGCCAUGACCAGAAGUUGUACAGCUCACUAGACUUUGGAAGGAAGUGGCAGCUCAUCCACGAACAAGUCACCCCAAACAGGUUUUACUGGUCUGUUGCAGGCCUGGACAAGGAGCCAGAUCUGGUGCACAUGGAGGCUCACACUCCAGAUGGAAAUGUGCAGUACAUCACGUGCAGAGCUCAGAUGUGCACGGAGGCUAACAGGAACUAUCCUUUCCCUGGGUUCAUUGACAUCAGCUCCCUAAUAGUUCAAGAUGACUACAUCUUCAUACAGGUUCCUACGUCAGGACGAGCCACCUACUAUGUGUCCUACAGGAGAGACUCCUUCAUAGAAAUCAAACUUCCAAAAUAUUCCCUGCCUAAGGAUUUACACAUCGUCAGCACAGAUGAGAAGCAGGUGUUUGCCGCGGUGCAGGAGUGGAACCAGAACGACACCUACAACCUCUACCUGUCCGACACACGAGGGAUUUUCUUCACUUUGGCCAUGGAAAAUGUCAAAACCACCAGGGGCAUUGGUGGGAACCAAAUGCUGGACCUGUAUGAGGUGGCUGGAAUAAAAGGCAUGCUGAUCGCAAACAAGAGGCAGGACAGCCAGGUGAAGACCUACAUAACCUACAAUAAAGGGCGGGACUGGAGGCUGCUGCAGGCUCCUCCCACAGACUUGGAUGGGAAUGAAAUUCAUUGCAUACUGCCUUUUUGUUCCCUUCAUCUGCAACUCCAAAUGUCAGAGAACCCAUAUAUAUCAGGAACCAUCUCUACCAAGAGUUCUUCACCGGGAAUCAUUGUGGCCACAGGAAAUAUCGGUGCGGAGCUGUCUUACAACAACGUUGGCAUGUUUGUUUCAUCAGAUGCAGGGAACACCUGGAGACAGAUAUUUGAAGAGGAGCACAAUAUUUGGUUCCUGGACAGAGGCGGAGCUCUGGUUGCUGUCAAACAGCCGUCCGUUCCAACCAGACACUUGUGGGUCAGCUUUGACGAGGGGCGACAGUGGAGCCAGCACAGAUUCUCCUCUGUGCCAUUGUUCGUGGAUGGGGUCUUGGUGGAGGCCGGUGCUGAUAACCAAAUUAUGACCUUCUUUGGGCACUUCAGCCAUCGCUCCGAGUGGCAGCUCAUCAAGAUAGAUUACAGGGCCAUCUUCAGCAAGAAGUGCACUGAGGAAGACUAUCAGACGUGGCACCUGCACAACCAGGGUGAGCCGUGCGUGAUGGGACAAAAGCAGAUCUACAUGAAACGGCGGCCUGGAAACCACUGCAUGCUGGGAGUCGACUACUCCACAGUCCUGUCAGCCGAGUCGUGCAUUUGCAGAGCUCAUGAUUUCGAAUGUGAUUAUGGAUAUGAACGGCGCAGCGACGGAAACUGUCGGCCCUCCUUCUGGUUCAAUCCCUUCACCGUUUCCAGGAGCUGUAGCCAAGGUCAGAACUUCUUCAACAGCACAGGGUAUCGUAAAGUGGUGCUUAACAACUGUACCAAAGGAGUCAAAGAGAUUUACACAGCCAGAAAGCAGCAGUGUCCCAACAGACCUCCUAGAGGACUCAUAUUGACCACAAAAGACGGCAAACUCACCGCCAACCGGGGCAGCAACGUCACCUUCCUGGUGCACUUUGAUGAGGGCAACUCCAUGCAAACCAACAUCCAGCUAGAUUUUGGCGACGGCACAGCCGUCUCCUACUCCAACCUGAGCUGGACUGAGGAGGGGAUCAAGCACGCGUACAAGUCGGCGGGAAUCUUCCGAGUCACAGCGCUAGCAGAAAAUACGCUGGGUUAUGACACGACAACGCUGUUCCUGCAUGUGACGUGUCCGGUGGAGCACGUCCAGCUUCUCGCCCCAUUUGUGGUCAUCAGAAACAAGGAGGUAAACAUCACAGCAGUGGUUCUUCCCAUCCAGCCGCGCACUGUCACCUACUUCUGGUGGCUCGGCAACAACACAGAGCCCUUGAUAACGCUGGAUGGGAGCAUCUCAUACACCUUCAGGAGUGAAGGAAUGCACACCAUCACAGUGCAAGUAUCUGCAGCCAACACCAUUCUGCAGGACACCAAGACCAUAGCAGUCAAAGAAUUCUUCAAAUCUCUACUUUUAUCUUUCUCCCCGAAUCUGGACGAGUUUAACCCCGACAUCCCUGAGUGGAGGCAGGAUGUGGGGAGAGUAAUUAAGAAGGCUCUGCUCCAAGUUUGCGACUUUCCGGGGGAGCAGCUCUUGGUUGCCGUGUUUCCAGGUGUUCCUACAGCUGCAGAGCUCUUCCUGUUGCCCAACAAGAACCAAUCAGAGGGCAGAAAAAAGAGUGAGGAUGCCCUAGAACAGACUUCCAGCACCAUCGUGAACGCGCUGAACCAAAAUCUGGUAGAGUUUGAGCUGAAGCCUGGAGUACGCGUGAUUGUGUACAACACACAGUUAACACUGGCACCCUUGGUGGACUCCAGCCCCCGACACAACAGCUCUGCCAUGCUCAUGCUCCUCUCUGUGGUCUUCCUCGGCCUGGCUGUCUUUCUCAUCUACAAGUUCAAGAGAAAAAUACCUUGGAUCAACAUAUACGCUGAGGUGAACCAGGAGAAGGAGCAGGAGAUGAUCGGUUCAGUCGGUCAGAGUGAGAGCACGCCAAAAAUCACCCUGAGCGAGUUCACCACAUCGAAAGAACUUAUGGAGAAGGAGUUGGACGCUCGGGUCAAGAGAGGAGUCGGGAACGCCUGCGAGAGCACAAGGGAGAUUCCAAACUGCACCAGUGUGUGACGGCGCCUAGGGGCCGCUUAUGUACAGAGCGAGGUAUCAGCGUGUCCGUCGCUCUCUUUUUCCGUUUUGUAAUUAACACAGCUGAUGUUAAUAGUUUUCUAAAGACCUCAUUUAUACAGACUUGCAUGGAUGUCUCAUUCUGCCACAUCCAUUGCAGCAAGUUUACUGAAGAAGGUCGCUGUAAUUACAGACAAAACUCGCUCGGUUUUGUGGAUGUAUAAGCUGCAUAAUGGUUCUCAUUUGCUCAGUGAAAUCUCUUUUGUGGACGAGUUCUGUAAAUUUUCUGGAGGAGUUUGCUUUGAAAAUCAUUUCUGCCUAAAUGUAGACUAUAAUGUCUGAGUCUCAGUCAAACAGGGAAUAUUAUUGAAGUGUACUAUAUCACCCUUUGCUCUGUUCAGUGUAUAUACUUUCUACAUGCUUGUCUCAGAACCAUGACGACGAGAGAAGACCUGUUUUUCAGAAAAUGUGUCAAAAAAGACAAACAUUACUUAAAGAGUCCAUUUGCUUUGCUAAGGUCCUUGACUUCUGCAUGUUCUUUCUGAGGACACAGUUCAUGUGUUGUAGAUAAGCAAGUGUUGUAAAUAGUUAUUUUUUAAACAUUAGUCAGAAGAGCCCCAAUGAUUCUGCUUCGAUUCUGUUCUGCUUACACGCUCAUCGGUUCCAGUUGGGCGGUCCUGCUUGAAAGGAUUGGUCUGUGAGCCAGAGAUGUUUGACUAUCACUCGUUUUCUCUGCAAACACAAUGAAAAGGUCAUAAAUUUCACUAGAGAUGUACACUUGGUUGUCUGACUAAAGGACUGUAAGAACUUUUAGUGAAACAUUAGUUGCUGCUGGCAUCAUUAUGUUACAUUUUGCCUUUAAGCCAACAGAGUUUGGCCUAUGAACAUCAGACGUAAAGUUUUGUCCAGUGAUCAAAGUUAGAGCUUAACGUUUUAUAUUUGUGACAUUACCUUAAAAAUUUGUCGUUAGGUCUUGCUCCUUUCUUGUCCUACUUUCAUGCCUCAUUUCUAUUUUUCCUGAUUCUGGUAAAAAUCCAAAUUUUUCACUCAAGACAUUAAUGAAGCUGAGAGUUUUGGUGAUCUUCUAUUGCUUAAAUUGCGACAAAAACCCCCAGAAACUUUUCCUUAGAAAUAUAACACCAAUUAAAAAAGGGAACACACACUGAUUUUGACACACUGAUCUGAACAAGAGGCCUCUUUCAUAAUGCCUGCUAAUCUCUGGACGUCCCUUUGUCGAUACUCGGUUUUGGCGGUCGGGGUAGCCUGUUACAUUCUGUACCAGCGUAUUUUAACACAACCAUCCCCCUUGUCCUUAAGUCUGCAUAAUAACGUCAUAUGGAGAAUUUCUAAAGUACCAGCUUAUGCUGAUGGAAAUCACAUCACCAAGCUCAUCUAACAGCUGCUGCAUUUUUUUUAACCUUAAAUGAGUGAUAUGCUCCAUUCUGAGAAUUUAAGUUUUCACGCAAAUUCCUAACUGAGAAAAUAAAGUUCCCAUAGGAAGCAAACAGAUUCCAUACUUCUCCAGAUUAUCUACCUGUACUUUGAGAGUUAAGAAAGUCACAGACUACACUCAAGCCUCCUUGAACAAUACAAGUAUAUGUGUAAAAGUCCCACUCCAAUCAUCUUUUGAUUAAAAAGCGUUUCCAGUGGACUUUCAGUUAUGACCAUGCUGUUUAUUGCCAAAAAAAAAAAAAAAAGAAAGGAAGAAAAAAAUCCUGUAAAGCUGUAGGAUCUAGUUCCUGCAGAGUGGCAGUAGUUUAUAAGAAAUUCACCUCUGAGUUGUGGGCGGCAGUGUUGGCAUGGAGUGACCCUUCCCUCAUGUCCCGCUAGCUAACAGCCCCUUCUACCCUCAACCUAACAUGACCAGUGAAACAAAAAUGGCAAGCAUUAUCGGAACCAUCCAGCUGUACAGUUUUGAGUCAGAUGCCAGCUAAAGAAGGAAAAAAUGUCCGUGGAUGUAUUUGUCUGCAGGUGGAUGCACCAGAAUAGAGCAGAGCACCGAGCUCAUGGCCCACUGAUUUUAGAUUUUGCGUAGCAACUACAAGCUUUUUCCAACUAAUUUUUUUUUGUCUGCUCUUGAUUCACAACGAUUUAAAUGAAGACUUACUCAGAAAUGCAAAUUUUAGUUGAAUUUUCUUUAUGUCCUCCAUCAAGAGAAAAAUGCUACAACAACAUGUUCAAAAACACGAUUUUUAUUGUAAUUGGGUCUUUAACCAAAAGACAUAUGCAGGAACGUCAGUGACCCAGUCUGAGUCAUAAGGAGUAUAAGUGUAUCAAAUAUUAAGUGCAAUACUGACUGAACAGUGGGAUUGUGAAUCAGACGUUUGUGAGGCUUAUCCUUUUGUGUUUAUAACAUGCACUGCAUCAUUUUUUAGAGCUUUACAUGCCAACUGUCAGAUUUACAUUAAAUACAGAGCAAGACUGUGCAACCAAAGUCAGCAGUUCAGAGUUCAUGUUUGCAAAUGGCCAUUUUCUAUUCGACAACCUAAACCCUACCCUGUUACAGAGGCUGAAUAGGGAAAAGGUGACAACACUUACAAGACUCACUAAUUUAUAAACACAGUGUACUUAAUGAAAGUGGAAAAACCAAGCAAGAAGCAGGAAUGGUCCAUUUCUGCUUAAUCUUAAGACAAUUACACUGCCAAGCAUUUAAAGAACACAGAGUAAAGACAAAACAGUGACACGCUCCUUUAAAGGUCAGUGGCCGCCCUCAGCUACGUGCAACAAAUACAAACCUGAUCCCGUCUGAAGUCAGGCAAUCUCCAGCUUUAAUCAAGAGUAAAAAGACAGUUAGGUAAAGGAUUAGUUAAUCCUUUGAGGGUGUGUUUUUUUUGUCACUUCUGUGUCUUUUCACCGGCCAGCUCUCAUCCAGCUUUCCGUCACCCACAUGAAGAGAAGAAAAGAAAGCUGGACUUUUGAGCGUAGGACGCUGCAUGCAGACGCCGCACGAGUAAACAGCAUGAGAAGCGAGGGGGUAAAGGGAGCACAGUACAAAGGCAUAUGCUGUCACAUCGCAUAUGCAUUACCUCGAACAGAGCGCUCUCAUCUCAGACCAAACAUCGAGACCAGUGUGAUACGCAGAGAGCACACUGAACAAAGAUUACACGCAGCUUUGUUGUGCUCACUUUGUCAUAGACAAGUUGUUUGCUUGCGUGACUUUUGUUUGGGCUUAGUUCUCCAACUUUUGUUAUCAAAUUUGCGCAGACAGGUCUCAAAAAGUUUUGGUAUCUCAGACUUGUGCUGGACUUUAUUCGUGCCACAUUUGUAACUAUUAAUGGUCAAUUUGACAAAACUGUUGGAACUGUUAGGAACCUGAAAUUUUGUUGUGCCUGUAUUGGCAACGUCGCCUAAAUGAACCACAAGAGCUGACUGCUUUGAUCACUGGAAACCAUUCCUGGAUUUGGUGCCAGAUUUUACUAAAAGCACCAGAAUUCCAAAGAAACACUGAGAACAGCUGCCGGAAUUAUAUCAUAUUUUCAGAAGGCAAAUGCAUUGUAAUGUUUGUCUGUGCACCAAAAGCUACUGCGCAUGCCUCAUCAGUAAUGUUCCGUUUCAUCUUUAUUUCAAUAUUUCUACGGUCAGGAAACUGUCAUUUUGAAAUUGUUUCAAAUAAAUGUAUUUUUGUACAUCAAGA